UGGUCAGUGGCCACUUUACAAUUCUUCUAUUUUUCCCUUUCACUAUUCUCAAUUGAUAUAAGUGUUCCUCUUAAUUCGAACCUUCAGCAAUUUUUACUCUUUUAGAUGAAUUCAUGAGGUUUUUUUGUCAUAAAAUUUCCCUCUUUUUCAAUCUGUUUUCUCUACAUCAAGCUUGCGUUUUUUGUUUAGGUUCUGAAUAUUCAAGUGGUCUUUGAGGAUAUUUUUUUACUGGGUACCAUUAUCUCUCCCCCCCCCCCCCCCCCCCCCCCCCCCUUUAACUAAGAACAACAUGUCUGUGUUCCUUAAAGCCUUGCCUUUGAUGGCUCUCCGUCCUAGACCAUCCUCGUUCUUUCUCUGCAGAGUUUCUAACACCAUUCCAAGGGCCCUUUCCAGAAGCAGAAGAACUGUCUUUUCUGUUUCUGCUUCAACAUCCCCUUCAAUAGAACAACCUCCUUCUGUUUCUGAAACACUCACACCCAAUGCUAAACCACCUUUAUCCCUUAAGGAAUCUCUUGAAUGGGUUAGCAGGACUGCUUUUUGUGGUGAGUUGUCUAUAAACGAUGUGGGCAAAAGGGUCCAGCUUUGUGGGUGGGUUGCCCUUCACAGGGUCCAUGGUGGCCUCACAUUUCUUAAUCUCAGAGACCAUACUGGCAUUGUUCAGGUUACAACCCUUCCAGACGAAUUUCCAGAUGCCCAUUCUGCUAUCAAUGAUUUGAGACUUGAAUAUGUAGUUGCCAUUGAAGGUAUUGUCAGGUCUCGACCAAAUGAGUCAGUCAACAAGAAGAUGAAAACUGGCUUCAUCGAGGUUGCUGCAAAUAGAGUUCAAGUAUUAAAUUCUGUAAAUUCAAAGUUACCAUUCUUAGUUACUACAGCAGAUGAUGCAAAAGAUUCUCUAAAAGAGGAAAUCCGUUUAAGGUAUCGAUGUCUUGAUCUACGACGGCAGCAAAUGAAUUUCAACAUAUUGCUACGGCAUAAAGUGGUUAAACUCAUGCGGAGAUAUCUAGAAGACAUACAUGGUUUUGUGGAGAUUGAAACUCCAAUACUGUCAAGAUCCACACCAGAAGGUGCCCGGGAUUAUUUAGUUCCAUCAAGAAUCCAGCCAGGAACAUUCUAUGCCUUGCCACAAAGUCCCCAGCUAUUUAAACAAAUGCUAAUGGUAGCUGGUUUUGAUAAAUAUUAUCAGAUAGCAAGAUGUUUCCGUGAUGAAGAUUUAAGAGCUGAUAGACAACCUGAGUUCACCCAACUGGAUAUGGAGAUGGCUUUUACUCCUUUAGAGAAUAUGUUGGCUCUUAAUGAAGAACUGAUCAGAAAGGUUUUCCUUGAAAUUAAAGGUGUGGAGUUACCAGACCCUUUUCCCAGGCUUACAUAUGCUGAAGCAAUGAGUAGAUAUGGUUCAGACAGGCCAGAUACCAGAUUUGAUCUUGAGUUAAAAGAUGUAUCUGACAUUUUCUCAGGGUCUUCCUUCAAGGUUUUCUCUGAUUCCUUGGAGAGUGGGGGAGUUAUUAAAGUGUUAUGUGUACCUUCUGGCACAAAAAAGUACUCAAAUUCAGCUCUUAAGAAAGGCGAUAUUUACAAUGAAGCACUCAAAUCUGGUGCAAAGGGUUUGCCUUUUCUCAAGGUCUUGGAUAAUGGGGAUAUUGAGGGAGUUUCUGCAUUAGUAUCAAGUAUGGAUCUUACAACUAGAGAAAAUUUGUUAAGGCGAUGUUCUGCUGGACCAAGUGAUCUCAUCCUAUUUGCAGUUGGUCAUCAUGCGUCUGUAAAUAAAACUCUAGACCGGCUUAGAGUUUUUGUAGCCCAUGACCUAAGUUUGAUUGACCAUGGCAGGCAUUCAAUUUUGUGGAUCACUGAUUUUCCAAUGUUCGAGUGGAAUGAUUCAGAGCAGAGGCUUGAGGCUCUUCAUCAUCCUUUCACUGCACCAAAUCCUGAAGACAUGAAUGAGCUUGCAUCUGCUCGUGCAUUGGCUUAUGACAUGGUUUACAAUGGGGUGGAGAUUGGUGGGGGAAGUCUGAGAAUUUAUAAACGUGACAUACAGCAAAAGGUUUUGGAGAUUGUUGGCAUCUCAAUGGAGCAGGCUGAAGCGAAGUUUGGUUAUCUUCUCGAAGCGCUUGACAUGGGGGCUCCACCACAUGGAGGCAUAGCUUAUGGGUUGGACAGAUUGGUUAUGUUGUUGGCGGGCUCUAAUUCCAUCAGGGAUGUCAUUGCUUUCCCAAAAACAACUACUGCUCAGUGUGCCCUCACUAGGUCACCUUCUGAGGUGGAUCCCCAGCAGCUCAAAGAUCUAUCAAUUUCAACAUGCAACUCUGCAUAGUGUUAUCUAUUGCUUCACAACCAUUUUUGUAUUAUGCUAUAAGGAAUAAUUUAUGUAUAUCAAUGAAGAGGAGUUUUAAUUAAUUCUUUUUUAAAGGGGGGGAUACCAGUUAUGAUUGUACCAUUGGACGUAAUAAAAUUAAUUCUUUGCUCAUGUUGUUAAUCACAUUUUUC